CCAACGGCACGGAACCAAAGAAGAAGAAGCUUAGAAACAUCUCGCGCUACUGUUGGACUCUGAGGGAAUAAAUCUGGAGUCAUUCACAUGUUUAGCGUUCAAAUAACUAGAUAUACAAUUCAAUAGAACUGUCAUUAACCAUUAUUAUGCGUAAUGAGAUCAUUUGUAUUACAGUUAUAAGUCAGAACGGGCGCAACAUUUCUUGAGGUGUUUAUUUUAGCGCAAAAUAAUUUUCAAACAGUACUGUACCUGACUUACAUUGUGUUUUUUUCCCUUUUUGAAAAAAAUGCCGUUUUAAGUAACAUAAUAUUAAUCAUUUGCUGCACAUUGCCUUCUGACUAAAACAAAAUUAAAAUCCUCAAUUCAGUGAAACAGGAUUAGGAUUUAAAAUUUUAAUAACACUGAUCCAAUUAGUGUCAUGCAGUUUUUCUGAGGAAAACUGUUAGAAGAUUGAACUGAAAUUGGAGGUUUAUACCUGGAGUAUAUCUCGUGUUAGAUGAGAAGAGAAAGAUCAGAAGACAAUGCCAAACAAACGGGAACUGAACAGUGGCCCUCAGAGACAUCACAGGCCCCUGGUGAGGUCAAGGGCCCCGGAUGAAGCGCUGCCCUCGACGUCAGGAGCCGAUCAAAGCCUCUCAUUGCAAGCGCUGAAAGAGGAGGUUGUCAGCCUCAUACAGACCUUUCCAGAGGGAAUAGAGGUGUCCAGGUUAACCUUUAUGUACAGGAGAGUCUAUGGCAAGAGGUUUGGACCCUUAACCAGUUAUGGUUUGUCAGGCCUCCAGGAGCUUUUUGAACAGCUUGGUGACCGAGUGCAUGUGGAAAGGAUUUACAAUAAAAACAUGAUCAGAGCCGUAAUUCACAGAAUGCUGCAGCUUCCCAUGUAUCAAGAUAUGAAUGUGGACGAUGCUCCUAAGAAUGCAAUUUGUAAUAAAGUUAUCAAGACUGUGAAAAGACACCCUCAAGGAAUUGCUCUUGAUAAGUUAGCAGAAGUCUUUGCCCGUAGGCAUAAACAAGUCCUUUUACCAGCUGAACUAGGUUUCCCAUCAAUGGAAACUUUUGUGGACUCUCUUAGCAAGGAUCUUACGGUGGAAGAUGGUGUGGUCUUUCACAAGAAAAAUAUAGUUCUUUCAGGUGAAGACUUUGAAAAGAGAUGCAAAGAUGUUGUGGAGUUGGUAAAAAGCUACCCGGAAGGCAUUCCUCUUUCAAAAAUAACAGUGUUUUAUAAUAGGGCAUAUGGCAAACCUUUGAGAAAGAAAGAACUAGGGUUCUCCUCAAUAGCAGAUUUCAUUGACUCUCUCGACCAAGAGCUGUAUGUAGAAAAUGGCCAAAUCUUCUACAGGAGUGCCACGCCUGAAGCUUCAACGCCUACAGCACCCAUUCACAUUGAUGGGGUUUUUAAAGACGUUGUGGAGCUGGUUAAGGAAAAUCCAAGAGGCAUUCCUAUUAGGAAGUUGUCUAUGUUCUUCAGUCAGAAGUAUCGGUGCAACCUCACAGUCUCAGACCUUGGUUUUAGCUCAAUCCCCUCCUUCAUUGAUUCUCUGAGCGAUGAGCUAUUGGUGGAGAAACAGACAAUCUUCCAUAAGAAUCACAGAGGAGCACCUGCAGCCCCAACACCUGCAAUCCCACCAACAGUGAACUCAACACCUGCGAACCCAACCCCGAAAGCAAGCCGUCAAGUUUAUUUUGGAGCUGACUUUGUUCAAAGAGGUAGUGAAAUGAAACAAGAGGAACUAAUAGAUAAAGUUAAUGAGGUUGUGAAAAAGUUCCCAACUGCAAGCAAUUCCAUUAGUGAACUGCAGAAUGGCUACUCCCUCUUAUUUGGGUCAGCACUGCCACUAAAAACCUACUCCUCUUCUCCAGUUGUAGAUAAUAAACAAGCAGGAGCGAAGUGCCUUGAAAAACCACAACAGAAGAUUGAAGAGGAACCAAAGAAGGUUCAAUCCAAACCCACGCCACUUGUGAAUGACCAAGUGGUCCGGUCCAAGACAGGAUCAUCUUUGCUUCAGUUUCAAGUUUUAACAGCCCCCCUCAUGGCAACCCCUGGUAAUCUGUCCACUAGUGAUUUCCCAGUUCUUGGUUCCAAGAUGCCCAAUGCUGAAGAGAAGAAACUGAAGGAGGGAAGGGGGCUUGUCUUCCAUGAGUCCUACUACAGCCAGGUCAGGGAGGUACAUGGUGCGAACAUGAGGGCAGCAGAAGCCUUGCUGGAAGAUGAAGGCAAUGUUGGGAGGCGGAGAAAGGCCAUGAGCUCAAACGAUGUGAACUCUUUGGUAGAGGACGUCAUGAGAGCCCUUGCAGCCGAAGGAGAGCAUGUCACCAUCGAGAGGGUAAUAAACAGAGUCUGUUCACUUCUACAAGUGUCCACAUUGAGGGAUAUGAAUAUCGAUUAUCGUCGGCAUCUGCCUGCAGUGCAGGACCUUCAGCGCACUAUCAAGGAGAUCAACAUGUACAUUGAGUCAGUGGAGGCGGUGUCUUCCGUUUGCACACUUUACGAACUGGGACAGGCUCUGGCCAACCUGAAGAACAAGAAACGCUUUGAAGAACUCCAUCUGGGCCCUCUCUGCAAGGUCCCUCUUAUUCACCGAAUGUUCAGAAUAGAUGCAAAUACUAAAGAUGAUGAUGUACAUCAGAUUGCAACCGUGGACAUUCUUAAGAGUCUCAAAAUGUUCCGGAGAAAAAGCAAGACACCAAGAGUUGACCUUGCUGAUUUCAUGAAGCACCUUGCAGACCAGUAUAGCUGUGAGUCGCCGUAUGAACUCGGCAUCAGAAUCCAGAGUCUUGGGUUGCCCAUUUCGACGUUGAAUAAGGCAACGGCUGCUGAGUUUUGCCACAUGGACACGGCCAAAGAAGCCAUUCAGAGGGAGAUUCUGGAGGAGGUGGAAGCCAAAAUGUUUAAGAUCAAGAAGAGCCUGCUGGAUCCUGCCCAAGGACCUGUGAUCUUCUCCCAGACAGGCAACUCUGAGCUUAGGAAAAAAUAUGCAAAUAUGACCGCCACAGAUGCAGUCCUGGAAGUCUUCAUCAAUGCUGAAGGCAUCUUCAGUAAAAGUAUGACGAAGACGAUUCAGACUUUCCUGUCAUGUGUAAACCGAGACAGGCUUGCUAGAGCCUUAUUCCAGCUUGCUAUCUGCUGUGGCUCCUUGGACGCCCCUCAGGACCUGGUAGCUAAAGAAAAACCUCAGAAAAAAGCAGAGGCAAAGAAAGCAACAGAGGAGAGAGCAACACAGAUGCUCCCCACUGAAGCUGAGGUGAAGAGCUAUUUUCAGGAGCGUGUCGCCAACUUCAACAGCACGCCUACUCUUGCCCAGCUUCGCGUGCUGGAAAAGAGGAUUGCAGAGCACUUCAACUUCAAAGACUUCAGUCAGCUGCAGCAAGGAACUUAUCUGGAUUUCAUUGUCAAAAACAAAAAGGUCCUGCAGGAGGCAGCAGGGGGCGCCGUCUCCAUCGACAACCAGGAUCCCGGCGCGAACGGCUUCAGACCUAGCAGACAAGACGUGUUUGAAUUCAUCAAACAGUGCGGGGAGGGAGAUGUCAGCAGACUGCCGUUCAUUGAGGCUGCUCUGAGGAAUCAUUAUGGGAUAAAGGACAGCCGAGAGCUGGGUCACGGUCCCCUGGGGUGUCUUCUGAAUUACACGCAGCGUCAGAAAGAGCUCAGCGGAGACGCCGUCACCAGCGUCGUGCGCUACGAGUGUCCUCUGAUGCCCGCCAGUUCAUGGGAGUGUGUGGCAGAUACAGUGGGUUUGCUGGGCGAGGUGAGCCGCGAUCAAGCGCGCGCGUGUCUGCUGUCGGCUCCUCUGCUGCAGGAUCUGCAGGAAUGGAGUCAGUGGGAGCUGGUGUUUCAGCCCAACCACGGCCCGCUCAAGGACUUCAUCGACAAGUACUGUGGUAAGACGGAGCUGCUGGCUCUCGAGGUUUCUCCCGGCGUCUUACUGAGAGUCACCACCGAUACGGGUGACAAGCACUUCUCAGAGGCGGCACAGGCUCUGGAUCCGGUCGGCACCGCCGGUCACCUGGUCUCCAUUGUGGUGGCUGAUGGGAUACCGAACACGCCCACGGCGCUCCUGGCCAAUCACAUGGAGAGUGCGCUGAAUGUAGCAGUUGCACAGGAAGCAAUAAGGCUCGGGGAAGAUGGAUACUCGUACGGCGGCGUGGCUCGGUUUGUGCUCGAGUGCAUCACGCAGAUGCCCACGAGAAUUUGCAAGGAACUGCUGCAGCAGGUGUUUUUGGAGCCGCUCUCUAAAGUGCUCGGUCAGGCCAAAUCUAAAUCUCUCCUGCUGGACGCUGCCCGUUCAAACACACGUUACCUGAACAAACUGCAUCAGAUUGGCCUCCUGCUGGGUAUAACCGAGUGGAGAGGAGACUUCAACAGCAAACUAGUUUCUCCGGUUCGUCCUGAAGCACCCUCACCGGUCAAGAAGUUUGUGGUGGAAGACUCCAUGAGCGACAUGUCUUCAGUGUUGAGUCUGAAUGAGAUGGACAAUGAGGAGGAAACGGCGCUCAGCACUUCCUCCGGCAGCCCCAGAGGAGCCCGUCAGCAGGACAGUGAAGAUGAUGAUGAUGAUGAUGAUGAUGAUGAUGAUGAUGAAGAGGAGCAGAUGUACGAGCUGGUGUCUGAGCACAAUGAAGAGACGGACAGCAGUGAGGAGGAGGAGGAGGAGGACAGAGAAGACUCCACUGCUGCAGAUAAACCAGAGGAGGAAGAGGAGGAUGAGCUGGAUCAGCACAGAGCCAUCAUAGAGGACAUCAGGAAAACUGAGUUCGGCAUUGGCGUGGAGCUGAACGAGGAGGGUCAGAACUUGAUGAAGAAGCAGCAGGCGAGACUGGGCCGGAGUCUGGAGCGUCUCUCCACUGAGCUCUACAGCAAAGACACACACUUCGUCCUGGAGCUCAUUCAGAACGCUGAUGAUAACAGCUAUCCUGACGGAGGAGAGCAGCCGGCGCUGACCUUUGUGGUGGAGAGAGACUGCAUCACCAUCCUGAACAACGAGUGUGGGUUCGAGGAGAAGAACAUCCGGGCCGUCUGUGACGUCGGCAGGAGCACCAAAGGGAAACACACUUAUGGAUACAUCGGACAAAAGGGCAUCGGCUUUAAAUCAGUUUUUAAAGUCACAGACUGUCCUGAGAUCCACUCCAAUGGCUUCCACAUCCGAUUCGACAAGACCAGCGGCCCCAUGGGAUACAUCCUGCCUCACUGGGUCGAGCAGGAGAGGGCAGUGAGCCCCGCUGCCAAGGAGAUCGCAGAACGAAGAUGGACUACAAAGAUCCACCUUCCCCUGCGGUCAGAGAACUACCAGACUAAAAACCUCUUCCAUGAUGUGCAUCCCUCUCUCCUUCUCUUCCUCCAUCGCCUCCGUUCCAUCACCAUCUUCAAUGAGACCGAGAAGCGUCUAGUGUCGAUGACACGCCGAGAUUUGAGCCAUAACAUCUUGGAAGUGGCUCAUACUAAUGGUGGUGAAGAGCGUUGGCUGGUGGUCAAGAGAAUGCUUUACCCAAAAAAGAUUAAAGAAGACGUGGAGUCGACAGAAUUGGCCCUGGCGUUUCAGCUCAGUGAUGAAGCGAAGCCUCAGAAACAGCCCGUCUUUGCCUUUCUUCCACUCCGCAGCUUUGGUUUUCGUUUCAUCAUUCAAGGUGAUUUUGACAUCCCUUCCUCCAGAGAGGACGUGGACCGGGACAGUUCCUGGAACCAGUGGCUCCGCUCCGAGAUCCCACAGCUGUUUGUUCACGCCAUGGAUGUCUUCAGCCAACACCCAGAGUUCAGUGGGCUUGGAGGCCUCUGUUACUUCCUGCAGUUUAUCCCUCAACCAAGUGAGAUCCUGGACUUCUUCAACCCCGUGGCCAAUCAGAUCAUUCAGCUGCUGAAGGGCAAACCGUGCCUCCCUGCGAAAGAGGACGAUGAGGGCAGAGUGGAGUUCAAGCAGCCUUCCCAGCUUGCCGUGUGUCAGGACCGUCUGAUCCAGGACGUGAUUGGAGGAGAGGAUCUGUGUCGAAGCCUGAGUCUGUCGUACCUGCAUCCAGCGCUGCAGUCGCGCCUCUCCAGCUCCCUGCUCACCGCGCUGGGCGUGCAUCGCCUCAGAGCCGCGGAAAUCAUCACCGUCACCUGCUCCAUGGCCAGAGAGCUCGUGCAACACGGCUCACUCAAGUCAGAGCAUGAGCUGAAGAAGCUGGCCAGGCUGCUGGUGUGUAACUUCCGUGCGCUGGAGUCGGAGUAUGAAGUGGACGCCCUGCUUCAGACCCUCAAAGAGGUUCCCAUGAUCCCUCUGGCCAACGGCAGUGUGGUUUCUCUUAUUUCAGAGGGAGUUUUCUUCCCUCUCAGUGAUGUGACGCAAGCUAACACAGAUCUGAAGGCUCUGUAUCAGGACCUGAACAUUGUGGAGCCGCAGCUGCUGGUGUGUCUGGAUGAACUGGGAAACUCGCAGGUGCGCGAGCUGCUCCGAAGACUCAACGUCCAUGAACUGGAGCCACAGCAGGUUCUGCAGCAGCACAUCUACCCGGUGCUGAGGAGCAAAGCCUGGGAGAAAAAGCCAGAGGACGUUGUCGUCAGCUACCUGGUGUUUAUCAAACUGCACUCUCAGGAUCAGGAGUACAGGAGCCACAGCGCAGACAUACCUGUGCUGACCAGCAAGGGCUUCCUUUACCCCUCGAAGUGCAAAAUACAGUUCUCUAGAGAGUACGACAACAUCGACCUUCCCAGCAUGCUUCCUGGUGUGGACUGGGUCCUGCUGGACACCUGCUAUCUGAGGGCAGACAGAGAUGUGAGCGGCUGGAGAGAGAUAUUCAGUUCACUGGGAGUGCGAGACCUUCUUAUCUUCAAAAAGGAGAAGCGCACCUUUACGGCCUCUGAACUGGCGUCCAGUCCGUGGGCAGUGGAGAGUGAACUGUGGCCUAAGCCUGCAGAUGGGCUGUAUGUCAUCGAGGAUCAUCACUGCUCAGAGUUUCAUACGCUGGCCACCGUAGAGCAGCUGGACGCUCACACCAAACUACAGCAGAGACGAGCUCUCAUCAGCCUGCUGGACAAGAACUGGGACGCAGGAGAGAAGUACUCGCAGUAUCUCAGGGCACAGGUCUCGGACAGCCAGGGCCGAUCGGUGCGAGAGGUCAAAUCCUCCUUCUGUCACCUCCUCACGCAGCUGCCCUGGGUUCCUGCGCACAGGCGAGACGAGAUGUGGGACGAGAGCCGUCCUGUAGUUUACCUACAGCCCAAAUCUGUCUACAUCUUUUCUACACAAGUGCACCAGCUUCUCGGCUCCCACGUUGAUUAUGCACACAGCGUGCAGACGCCCAGCGAAUUCACCAGAGCUAUAGGAAUGAGACACAGUUUGCAAGUGGAGGACAUGAUUGGCUAUCUGAAGCGCUGGUGCACGAGGGUGUCAGAGGAUCCGUCUGAGGAGUCUGAAGGAGCAGAUUUCACCACUACAGUGGAUCACAUCCGUGAAGUGUACCGCUAUCUGUAUGCCCAGUGCAAUAGUGUCCAGCUCAGAGACCUGUUCCAGCACUCGCCCGCGGUCUUCAUCGAGUAUGACAGGAAGGAUGAACGCUGCUCUGGGCGCUUCUAUCAUCUCAAAGAGGUUUGCUGGUGGGAUCCGACGGGCAUGUUCCAGAGAUACAAGGAGUUGAUCCGACGGCCUGACAGUGGGAUACAGGAGCCCAAAGUCUUGGCACCAUUUUAUAAUGGUUUGCAGGACAUAAUGAGCAUGUUCAAGUCUCUCAAGGUGGAGCACAAUCCCUCUAUGAAGCAGUACGUGUCCCUGCUGGAGGCUGUCUGCGAAUCAUCUCCUCUUGCCACAGGAGAUGUUGUCCAAGACGUCUCAGUCAUCUUUGCCAAACUAGCUGAUAAAUGUAAAAUCCAUGUUCACGGAGAGCAGGAUCAAGACGCACAGCUGAACUCCUCCUACUGCAGCUCUCUGAAGGAAAUGGUGUCCCGUAAAAGAGUUUUCCCCACCAAGACAAGCGGUUGGGUCACGUUAGCUCAUAAGCCCAUGAUCGCAGACAGCGCAAACUUGGAGAAGAUCUUCAAAUCGCAUAGUUCGGUUUGUCUGCUCAACCUGCCGUCCGCAGCCAAGAGAGCAGCCAGCAAAUCCAAGCAUGAAGGCAAGCUGGAGAAGGAGGCGUUCAGCGAGCGCGACCGAGAGUUGUUCCUGGAGAUCUGCGGGGUGGAGCGACUCUCGCGGUGCGUGACCACCGAAGCGCAGACAGAGCUCUACAGGCCUUGCCCCGCCCUGCAGACCCUGGUGCGGCAGCUCGUCCCUUACAUCCAGAGGUUCAUUUUCCACCAUGCCGAUUUUGAAGACAUGUACAGUGAGCUGAAGGACAGUGGGAUCGCCAAACGCAUCAGCUCGCUGAGUUUCGGACAGGUCGGGAAGCUCUAUAUUCAUUAUCGGCUCGAGGUGCCGGACGAGGACCCGAUUUUUGAGAGCGAGGAUAUUAUUUGUCUCCUGAAAAACCAAAAAGAGCUGUACAUCCACAAAGACCACCUCUCGGCCAGACUGGACAUCGGCAGAGAGCUGGUGAAGUUGUUCACCACAGAAAAGACCUUUGCGAAAGAGCUGGAGCGGUUUCUCCAGGGCCUCGUCACGUGCAUUAACGACCGAGCUGCUUUAAAGAGGUUUCUGGACAGAGAGAACGCUCAAGAACUCCCUGCAAAUGAGGAACCAUGGGACGUCCCAGCGCCACAGCCUGUAGAAGUAAAAACAGAAACCAUCGUUCGUCCUUCAGGAGUCGUGCAGGAGGACCAAAUGCAGACGGAUCUGAAUAAAGAGGACCGGCUGGUUUGCUGGCCGCCUAAAGCCUCGCUGAAUAAAACAGGUGGCGGCAGUUCAGGUUCAAGCAGCCAAGCUGUGGAGGAGGUGAUGAAGAUGUGGCCUCCUCCUGCUCCUCUGGGUCCAGUGACGCUUCCAGCUCAAUCAGGAGUCGAGAGGAGCUCGUCCAGCACCAGUGUCCAUCAGCGGACCGCAGAUCCUCCAGGGCAUGUAGAUGCAAGACCUCAACAUGAACAAGCUCCCAAAGCAAGCAGUUUUGCUCACACAGAGCGACGGGAAGAGGCCGCGGUGCAGGAUGUCAGUCCUCAGCGGCCUGUGAAGCCGAACGCUGCUUCGGAUGAACAAGAUGAAACUACAGCGGAUGAAAGCAGCGCAGCGUCUUCAGCAGCAGAUCAACAAAGCCAUACUUCAGCCCAGGCGCCUGAGAAGGUGUUGAGCCAGUUUCAGGGAGCCGAAUGCCGACCGCGUCCGCCCAUAACGCUGGAUAAUGCGGUGUGGAGCAAAGCCAUGAGUCCGGAGGACGUCCUGGAGGAUCUGCAGCUGGAUUGCUCCGUGCCUCAAACCCUGGUGCUCCCCACAGACCAAGAAGACACGGCCUGUAUUGGCCAAUGGGGAGAGCAGCUGGUGUUCUCCUUCCUCACUCACUGGAAAGAGAACGGCGGUGGCUCUGGGCCCAGCGAAAUCACCUGGUUCAACGAGAAAGGGGAGAGCGGCCGCGCGUGCGACUUCAAGCUGACCUUCGCCGCGAAUGGAGGCACGCGAGAGAUCUUCGUGGAGGUGAAGACGACUGUCAGGCGAGAUCGACACUUCAUCCACAUGUCUGCGAACGAGCUGGAUUUGGCACUGAAGGAGAAAGAGCGAUAUCACAUAUAUCGAGUGUACGGCGCUGGCGACGUGCAGCACGUCCGUCUCUGUCGCAUCAAGAAUCUCGCCCAGCAUCUGCAUUCGAAGUCUCUGGAGUUGUUUUUAUUUGUGUAGCCGUCUUGUCUGAUCAAUGUUAAAUGCACAAUUUCUGCCCGGUUUGUAUUCAGUUGUUCAUCGAUGACGUGUUUUUAACUACUGUUUGUACUGAUACGUAAUAUUGCACAAUUUUAAUGGCCAGUUCCUUUCAAAGAAUCAACGUUUCCUUUGUUUAAUUGUUUGAUUGUGUAUUAAAAGAAUAUAGUUUAUAAACUCUACUUUUAAAAGUGUAACUUCACUGUUUGGAUUGAUAUCAAUUCAGUAAAUAAAGAAAAAGUUCUGAAAAUGAA